AUGAAUCUCUCAAACAAAAUUUCCGAGCUCGAAAUGUCAGUUAUGACGGGUGUGUUGGGGGGUAGGAGUUCGAUGGGUGUUGAAGAAUACAUACCGCAAAAGAAGGCUGAGCUUGAAGUUGCUACAGCUGAAUACGCCGCAUACUUGGACAAGUGGUACCAGGAGAGUAAGCUGAAGGAAACAGUCGAACUCGAGGAAGUUGAGAGUCGUGAAGGGGGGUGCCGCUGAAACAUCUCUUUACCCUGACGUAUCUCCACAAGAAGACGAGAAAAAACCUAUACGGUAUCCUGAUAUCUCCUCUGAUGACGAGAAAGCGGGAUCUGGUCAAUACCCUGAUAUAUCUCCAUAUGAUAAGCAGGCAGAAGAUAUCACUGGUGUAUAUGGUACUCCUCUCAAAGAUAGCUCCGUGUUGCCUGAGAAUGUUGUCGGAUUGGUAGGUGACAAUGGAGGCGUUGUUAGCUCGAAGAGUGCGACCGAUUCCCUCGCAUCGGCGGCUCUUAAGGGGCAUGAGCAUAUUGUUAAGUUACCACUUGAAAACGGACCCGACAUCAACCAGGUGGAUGGAAGCUAUGGAAGUGCUCUCAAAGCGGCCGCUUUUCAGGGGCACGAGAAUAUGGUCAAGUUACUACUUAAAAACGGAGCCAACAUCAACCAGGUGGAUGGAAGCUAUGGAAGUGCUCUCAAAGCAGCAGCUUCUCAGGGGCACGAGCAUAUGGUCAAGUUACUACUUGAAUACGGAGCCAUCAACCAGGGGAGUGAAAUCUAUGGAAAUGCUUUAGAAGCAGCCUCCGCUCGAGGGCAUCAGCAUGUUGUCAAAUUACUACUUGAAAAUGGAGCCGAUGUUAUGGCAGCUGGACUUGCGAAAGGUGAACUCGAUAACGCUGAGGUGGAAUUGGAAAGAGCGGCAGAAGGACCGACUAUAGAAGAGGUCUUGGCAUUCCCUCCUCGAAGCCCAAUUGACUCCUCAAGUCCUAGGUUUCCAAAAAGCUCCGUUACCGAUUCUUCUCUACAAGAGAUAGAGCAAUAUGAAUUGGCUGGGUCUCCAGCUCCUACGUCUUCUACCAUCUCGUCCCCAAAUUCGGCAGCUGAUUUAGAGCCGGAGCAAAAUUAUAACGAUGAUUCCAUUGAAGAUGCUUCUUCAGAGGAGGGUGAAGCAUUUCGUACCCGAUCCCCCCGCUUGGCGGCCGAAAACGCCAGCUUUGCGAAAGAGGACAGUGAUGAAGAAUACUUGCCAUUUCAACAAGAAUCAUCGGCAGUUCCAGGUUCAAGCCAGCAGACCUCCCUCAAGCACAAAAUUGAGAAAAUACAAACACACGUACAAGAACCAAUACCCUGCCCUCAUUGCGCUCGUUUUUUUAGUCGUAGACCGGAUCUCGUUAGGCAUGCUCGCCGAGCACACCGAGAACAGACAGACGCUUGCCCUGAGUGUGGCUAUGUGUUGAUAACACAAGAAGCAUUACGCUUACACCUUAGGAAAGAACACGCAAUAGUAUAUUUAGGUGAGUAGUUUCAACCUAUUGAAAUAUAACAUAGCCAGUCAAGAUGCUUACGCGAAGUCCUUAGAUGAAAACGCUAGAGAAAGAAUGUUUCCUGAAGCCAAUCAGAACAGCCCAGAAACAGCAGAUCAUUCAAUUACUGAAAAGACGCCUGAAGACAUAUCUGAACAAAUGAAAAAAAAUCAGAUUUGA